AUGGCAGGUCAACAUGGUGCUGUACAUCCCCCAACCAAGCCAAUGCUGCCACCCAUCAGCUCCAAGAGUUCCUCCAAGGAGCAGACAUCAAGCCAGCCAUCAGAGUUUUUCCAGGCAGCCGAAGUCGGCAAGUCAACAUGGUGCUGUACAUCCCCCAACCAAGCCAAUGCUGCCACCCUUCAGCUCCAAGAGUUCCGCCAAGGAGCAGACAUCGCAGACACCCUGGAAAUGUUAAAAUACAAGCUGGGACUGCGCGUUAUUGUACGGACGAUUAUUGGCCCAUUCGGCUUGCCGUACCACAAUGGCGUCGUUGCGAGUACGAGGAGACCUGAAGAUUUAAGGCCAAACAAGAAAACCAGACAACCAUCUCUUUUAAGAUUCUGGUCCAAUCCAACAAAAGGUGGACCUGGCACAACUACAGAAAAUGACCACAGCGUUGACCUGUAUGAACGUUCAGAUAUUGGGGACACACAGUUAAAAGAUGAACAACAAGGCCCGUGUUUCGAUGUAAAGACAACUGAAGAGCCGGCGCUCAACCAAGCAGAUUUGCCCCAAACAACUUACGACAUAGAUAUAUCAAAGGCCAAUGACCGGAUUAGUGAAAUGGACGACUCUGGAAAAUUCCAGCUUCUUCAGACCAGAAAACCACUCAAAUCUUUCAAUUUCCCUGCCAGAGAAUUUAAAGACAACCGAAGAGCCAGUGGGGUGACCAAAAGAACAUGCCAGAGGGACUGGCUGGACAAGUAUGACUUUUUAUCAUUUUUACAUCAUAUAAAGAUGAUCUACCGUCACGAUCAACAUUCAGGCAGGAAGUGAAGUUGU